AUUUUACAAAUAUAUAUAUUUGUUAGUACUUGAAAACAUAUGUUACAGCAAAAAGUCGUUUUUUAAUUAGCGUUAUCUUUUAGAGCUUUUAGUGAGGGACAUCUUGUCUCGUGUUUUGUUGUUCGGGCUUUUAAGGUUAAUCACAUGGUUCCCUUAAACUUAAAAACAAAUUCUAUUUUUUGAUAACCUUGGUUGAUAACUAGGGCGGACGGCGAAACUACACGUAUUUAUCAAUGAAAAUCAAAUAGUUGAAGGUAUUAUUAUCCUUUCAGUCGAGUUUUUUACAGGUAAACAGAUAUAAUUCUAACAAUAAAAAUCUCCUGCGAGUGCAUAACUGUAAGAUCGAAUAUAUUCGUCAUUAAAAAUAUCGUUUUAUUAUCAUCACGUGAGUAUCUCAGAUUCGCAACUCCCACUCUGAGACUCAGAUUCACUCUUUUUUUUUCACCUUCUUUACAUGUAAGCGUACUCCUCCACAUUUCAAAACAACUUCACCACAAGCUACUGAGUAGCCAGCAAAUCCAUUUAUAUCAGAUAAACCCGGAAUAAUGGAAAAAAAAAAUCAUUGAGCUUGUUUUGAACGCUUGCAAAAUCUAGCAAACAUGGUAAACAAUCUUUCGCUAGAACUCAAUACUUUCCGUGAUGCGUGAAAAACUUUUUUUGUAGUGAGCGUUGAUUAAUAAUUAAUUGCUUCAAAUGACUGUCAAGAUCAUUGCUAAAAUAAAACGGCCACAGAGCAAUUUUUGAAGAGCAAUACAUUUUUUAUCAAUUUGCGUGUUUUAUAGAAAGCCCUAAGAAGUAAAAUUCGUGCUAAAAACUAUUUUAAAUCCCGUUUGGUUUUCUUUUAUCUAAACCGCAUUGGAAAUAUCGACAAGAGAGUCACGAGAGACGGCCCAUUCUCUAUAUAACUUUCAGCGUAUAACAUACAUUGCUCACGUUAUUGUUCAUGAGUUUCAGAGUCGCAAGCUUAUCACUGCCUACCUUUGUUCUCAUUUUCUUUAGGUGUGUAUGUGUCAUUGCUGGUGAAGAGGAGAUAAAAUGGACGACGAGGCUGGUGACGGGAGAAUAACGGUCAGCAUUGCGAAGCGCAAACUUGGCGGUGUUGGCUUUGUCACGAGUAGACGCAGCGCGAGUCCGUACCUCGCCGUGUCACACGUUGUCAAGGGAGGAGUAGCGCACGAGACAGGCUUGAUUCAGACUGGAGACGUCAUUCUCGAAGUGAAUGGGAAGUCCUUGGAAAGCGUGCCUUACCACAAGGCAUUGGAAAUUCUCGACAAAGUUCCCACCGGCGAGGAGAUGGUGAUACAAGUGCGCGCCAAGGACGGAUUCCGAGCGUAUCUGGAAACGGCCUUCGAUGACAAAGGUGCUGUAAAAACUGUGCGAAAGACGAGAGCAACAUCUCCUUCCAAAGCUCUCACGAACAUGAACAGCGAGUUGAAUGGAGAAGCACACGAGCCAAAAAGCCCCAAAAGGAAGCCAGCUUCGACGAAUGGACAAGACACAAGGAAAGAACAGCAUGUUGUAAACGAAGUGCUGCCGACCCCAACAAUGUCUAAUGGCGGACUGGAUCAUGAUACCAGAGCGUGUGAAAGCGGAAUACUCAGCGCGUCCAGUGAAAUUAAAAAAUGUCCGGUGACAAAUUUCAUAUCAAAACCCCAGCAGCCAAAAUACGUCAGAUUGCAAAACCUGCUUGACGGCCGGUACACGACUGACACACUUCAUCAAAAGGCCAUAGUCCCCAUGAGCUGCACAUCUGGCCGCUGUAUGGGUUCCUUGAUGAUCCCCUAUGGAGGAGAAGCUCCACCCAAGAGGCUAUAUGGUGUACCAAGAGAACCAGAGGAAGUCAAAGUUCAGGCUAACGACUUCCUUCGGCAAUAUUACGGAGCCAUGAAACUUGAAGACAGUCCAGCCCAUAAGCAGCGUUUGGCAGAAGUGAUGAAGGAGAUCGCAAAGAACGGAACCUAUGACCUUACGGAAAAAGAACUGAUCUUUGGAUGUAGAAUGGCUUGGAGAAACGCCUCAAGAUGUAUUGGACGAAUACAAUGGAAUAAACUUCAAGUCUUCGACGCUCGACAUGUUAACACUCCUACAGAAAUGUUCGAAGCGAUAUGCAAGCACAUAAAAUACGGCACAAAUAAAGGAAAUCUCAGGUCCACCAUAACCGUCUUUCCUCAAAGGAAAACUGCCUUCAAAGACUUCCGCGUUUGGAACACGCAGCUGAUUCGUUAUGCUGGCUACAAACAACCUGACGGCUCCUGCAUUGGAGACCCAUCAAAUAUUGAGUUCACUGAGAUUUGUGAAGCUCUGGGUUGGGAAGGUAAGGGAGGCCGUUUCGAUGUUCUGCCUCUCAUUCUUCAAGCUAAUGGUGGAGAACCCGAAAUGUUUGAGAUUCCUCCGGAAAUCGUACUUGAAGUAGAAAUGAAGCACCCAAAGUAUCCGUGGUUUGAGGAGCUGGGAUUAAAGUGGUACGCGCUACCUGCAGUGUCGUGUCUCUGCCUUGAUGUCGGAGGAGUAGAAAUGCCUGCUUGCCCCUUCAAUGGAUGGUACAUGGUGACAGAGAUAGGAGCACGUGAUUUUGGUGAUGCUAAUCGAUACAAUAUGUUAGAGCCUGUAGCUCUUCGGAUGGGCCUGGACACUAAGAGUUAUACCUCCCUUUGGAAGGACCUUGCUUUAGUGGAAAUCAAUGUAGCAGUGAUGUACAGCUUCCAGGAAGCUGGCGUGACUAUCAUUGAUCACCACAGUGCCUCUGAGUCUUUCCUGAAACACGUUGAGAAUGAGAAUAAGCUCCGUGGAGGAUGUCCAGGAGACUGGGUGUGGAUUGUACCUCCCAUGUCAGGCAGCGUUACCCCAGUGUUUCAUCAGGAAAUGUUAAACUACACGUUAAAGCCAAGCUACGAAUACCAGGACGAUCCGUGGAAACAUUAUUCAUUGAAGAAAGAUAAACCUGGCGAUUCUCCAAAGAAGAAAGCUUCAUUCAAGGAAGUUGCCAAGGCAGUGAAAUUCUCCGCCAAACUGAUGAGUAAAGCUUUGGCCAAGAGACAGAAAGCCGUUAUCCUCUACGCCACGGAAACGGGAAAAUCAGAGCGUUACGCCAAGAUGCUUGGACAACUCUUCUCGCAUGCGUUUGAUCCUAAGGUUACGUGCAUGGAAGAGUACGCACAUCCUGAAAUGGAAAAUGAACAGCUUGUUCUGAUUGUGACCAGCACGUUUGGUAAUGGAGAUCCACCUGAGAACGGAGAGGGAUUCGCUCGUUAUCUAUACGAACUCCGGCAUCCUCCCAAUGGAAGUCGAUCGUCGCGCAAUAUGCUGAAACAACUCGGCAGCCUGUUGGUUCAAAAGGAGAAGGAAAGAGGCCUGGCUCUGAUGAAUAACAGUCAACCACUAGCUAAUCUCAGGUAUUCCGUAUUCGGCCUGGGCUCUCGAGCUUACCCAAACUUCUGUGCGUUCGCGCGCUCACUUGACAAAAUCAUCCGAGAACUUGGCGGGGAGCCCGUGUUGAAGAUGGGCGAAGGGGACGAGUUGUGCGGUCAAGAAGAGUCUUUUAAAGUGUGGGCUAAGGACGUGUUUAAGGCUGCUUGCGACUCAUUCUGUGUCGGCGAGGAGAUAACAAAGGAAGCGAGUCAAUCAUUGGAUACCGUGCCAAGCGGCUGGGUGCCAGGCCGCUUCCGUCUUGCUCAGAGUGUGAUUUCUGCUGUCAGUGCUUUUAGUGCUGGUGCUGUAGAUCAUCUGGAUGGAGCGCACAAUGAACUUAUUCAAGGUUUGUCCCAUAUUUGUGGUAAAGCGGUUCGAGCAGCCACUUUGAUGUCAGUGAGGAACUUGCAGUCAGCCGAAUCAAGUCGCUCCACUAUUUCCGUAAAGUUUAAGACAGAGAAUAGCGCAGAACUGCAGUACAGACCUGGAGAUCACGUGGCAAUUUUUCCCGCCAACCGUCCGGAGCUGGUACAGGCUUUGAUUGACAAGUUAUCAGAUGACCUUGAUCCCGAUAAUCCAGUCGUUGUCGAGGCCCAACGAGAAGACAAAGGAACUGCCAAGAAAUGGGAAGCUUUCAGUCGUCUUCCAUCUCCUGUCACCGUGCGACAAGCUCUGUCACGCUACCUGGACAUUACUAGUGUUCCAUCUCCUCAGAUCCUUAAAUUUUUAGCUGUAAUGGCUACUGACCAGGCAGAAAAAGAAAAGCUGGAAAUUCUUAGCCAGGGUAAUAAUCGAUAUGAGGAUUGGAAGUUUGGAAGCGAAUGCAACAUUCUAGAUGUUCUGCAAGAAUUCCCUUCGCUGAAAAUUCCUGCUGAAUUGCUGCUCACACAGUUACCCUUGCUGCAGCCGCGUUUUUACUCCAUCUCGUCGUCACCAGACCUCUUUCCUGGUGAAGUUCACCUCACGGUUGCAGUGGUACAAUAUAACAAGAGAAGUGGUAAAGGUCCAGUUCAUCAUGGCGUUUGUUCCACGUGGCUGAACAGUUUACAGCCUGGAGAUAAAGUGCCUUGUUACGUCAGACAAGCCCAGACAUUCCAUAUGCCCGAAGAUAGCACCGUUCCAGUUAUCAUGGUGGGGCCUGGGACGGGCAUAGCUCCAUUCCGAAGCUUUUGGCAGCAGCGUCUGUUUGACAUAAGCAACAAAUGUCCUCCCAAACCCAAGACCUGUGACGUCACACCAGACUCAAGCCCUCAAAUACGCCGUCGAAAUUUUGCUGUGUCCGGGGACGAUUCUCCAGACUCCAGCCCUCGAAUACAGCAACGUAUUUUCACUGGUAAUUCUUCUUUGCAACGCCAGAUUUUCUCUGAAAAAGACGACGACACCACUGUUGCUAAUGGCAAUACCCUGAACGCGCAUUUAGGAAAAUGGGGUGAAAUGUUGCUGUUUUUCGGGUGCAGAAAUUCCACUCAAGAUUACAUCUACAAAGAUGAAAUGGCGCAAGCGAAAGACAAGGGGGCAUUGACUGAGAUAUGGGCAGCUCACUCACGUGAACCGCAGCAGCCAAAGAGAUAUGUUCAAGACAUGCUGAAACAGGAAGCAUUUGACAUCUGUGAAAAAAUGCUGAGCCAGAAAGGACACUUUUACGUGUGCGGUGAUGUGUCAAUGGCUGAAGACGUUUGUAGAACGCUGCAGACUCUACUUCAAGAAUACGCCGCCAUGUCGCAACAAGAGGCCCAGGAGACAGUCGACAAAAUGAAGAGUUCCGGUCGAUACCACGAGGAUAUUUUUGGAGUGACUUUGAAAACGAGAGAAGUGACAGACCGCGUACGAACCGCGGCUAAAAGAUCCUGGUUGUACUUAAAGGCCUCAAGCAGGAUGACCUUGAAAAGUGAACAAAGAUCUCAACGACAGCAAUUAGCGAGAGCACCUGCCAUCAAAGUAGUCACGGGCGAGGAAGGCGUGGACGGCAUCCAAGCGUAGAGAGCAACGGCUUGGAGAAAAGAACGCCAGCAAGGUGUAAAUGCAGGACGAUAAUGUAAUAUCAAGCAAGGAAAAAUCAACUGGUCAGAGCUGGAUGGAGUAGAUACGACAAAGAUAAGAAUAUCAGUUGUGAAUUUAUUUAACUGAAACUUUUCCCAAAAGACAUGGCAUUUUUUUUCCAUGAAAUAGUUUAAGAACCCUAUAUUUCAAAGGGUAGCAAACUGGUCUGAUUAAUUUUAAAUGAAUUCCAUCUCGGCGAAAUAUCAUCUGCUUACGGGAGAUUUUCAAACCAUGAGGCGAGAUUAAAAAUUUAAUUUGAAGUCUGCCAUAUCUGUUGGAAAGGUUUUCAGAUCUUUUCUCAGGACCAGGGGGGAUUUAAUCAUGAGCGAUCACUGCAUUUCAUAAAAGCAGUUUCUUUUAUGUCAAUUGUAUUUUCAUUUUGUUUUUUGUCGAGGAAAAAAUUCGUGUUGGAAAUUUCGUGGAGCUAAUCAUCUCGUUCAACUUUAUUUUGUUUACAAUGUUCAGAAUUGUAUGUGAUAGUGUUUGGGUUGCAUUGAUCGCUCAAGGUCCUGAUCUAAACACAAGAGGUACUUUUAAGGUGGCACUGUGUGGUCGAGUUACUAAAAUUAUGCGCGAGGUCGUACAAAACAAUCAACAAAUGAAAUAGACUUUUUGGCAACUAUUGGUCAGGCUAGCACGUAAUUGGCACCAAAUGUUAGUAAAGUUGAUCCAAACAAUUUUCAAACAAUCCACUGACAAUGCUUUUGAUUUUUUUUUUUUUGCGUCAGUCAGUGAAACUGACCAGGGUUCAAUCAAUGUUUAUAAAUUCUGAUGAAAAAUAUUUUAAUAAAGUGAAAGGAGUUUUUUUGUGCAAAAAUGAAUCACAAAUAUCGAUCGAUUGUAAAACGAACCAAACUUGGACGAGAAGAAUUUUGAAUUUUUUAAAGAAAUUUAACAAGUUGAGCAUUUAUUUUUGGAAAUUUCCAACAAUAUUGGAAACAAAAUGUUCAUUUUAUAACGAUGUUGACCGUCUAAUUUUAAAAUGCCUUUGCAUAUUCAAAGUUUGAACCAUUCAAGGAGAGGAAUAAUUUACAGAAAUUAACGACAAAAAAUUUAUUUGAAUGAAAAGGAAAGAGUCAAUGAUUCAAUAUUACUAUUAGAAUUAAUCGUCACGAAUGCAUCAGGUAUAAACUCGUUAAAUUUUUACAAAAAUAGUGGUGUUCUUGGAACCAGUUAGUUAUCGUAUUAUUAACAUUUUUUACCCAAUAUACACUCGACACGCAGGGCCACCUUGAGGUAACUUAAAGUGAAUAUGGGAUUUUUGAAAUUAUUUUUGUACACUGGAAAAAAAUUGCGAGCUAAUAUUAUUUGUCGAGAUAUUUUGGUUUUAAUUUGAGGAAAGUAAAGAAAUUUACAAUCGAUCAAAAACCUAUAUUCUCUUGUCGCUUUCAGUGAGGUUUUAAAGAAUCAUGUCUGGUUUCAACUGAGCAACAAUGAUCACAUCGACAUACAUUCGCUAGUUCACAGAUUAACUUUACAGAAAAUAUUUUGUUUUCUGUUUUUGUUUUUGCCAUGAUUUACAGUUCUCAAAAUCACAAAAUUCUUCUUAAUAAUUCACGUUUUCCCAAUUGUCUAAAGAGUCUUCCAGAGUUUUUCUCUGGCAUAAAUUUAUGACAUGUGUGUUUAUAUUUCUGUUGGAAUAUUGAAAAACAAAUUAUCAGUUAACAAGUUCAUGCUUAUUCGUGUCGUGAUUUAUAGUUUCUAAAAUCGCCAGAAACAAAGGAAAAAAAUUCGCUUUUAUAUUUCUCUCAUGAACAUUCAUGUUGUUUGCAAUUGUCUAAUGAAUCUUCCAGAGAGUUCUCUCUGCCAAAAAUUUAUCAAACGUGUGUUCAUAUUUCUAGAGGACGAUUGAAAUAUUGAAAAAAUUCCAUUAGUUAAUAUAACAUUCACGCUUACUUGUGUCGUGAUUUAGUCGCCAAUAAUUUUGCUUUCUUUUUCUCUCAACAAUAAACAUGUCAUUCUCAAUUGUCUAAUGCGUUUUCCAAAUCUGUUCAUACUUCUUGUGGAGGAUUGGAAGAUUGAAAUAAAAUUGAAAUACUCUUUGACAACCAGACGUUGAUUUUUAAACCCCCACGUCAUUUAAUGUUAUAGAUUCGUCGAAAUCGGUUUCUGACCGCUACACAGGACAAAGAACGAAUUAAAACGUGCAGAAGUUAUUACAAGCAGAAACACAAUUGGCCAUUUUGUUUACAUUUUAAUCAAAACACUAAAAUUGCAUGUUUUUUUCCUCGAGUUUUCGAUGAUUGUUUUGGAUUCAUGUUAUUUGUCCUUUGUAGCAAGCUGAAACAGUCUUGUUAGAUAGUUUUUAGUUCUAGAAGAUAACAGGGCAAGCCAUAACCUUUUUUGCUAUCAGAGAGCGUUUGGCGUUACGAAAUUUUCAGGAUUUUUUUCUUUUGUAAAUUUUCUUGUUUUAGUGUUCUUUUUUUGUAGUAUUAACUGCAACGUGACGGAAUUUUUAGGCUUUGUUAUUUUUUUAUUUGUUUUAUGAAACAAGAUUAUGGCUUGCCUGUGUUAUAUUCUAUAACUACCGUGAUGAAGUCAUGUCUAAUAGUCAGCCCUAAAACGACGAACAACUGGAGAUCUAUUUCCAGGAAUUAGAAGAACAAGUUUGAAUCAGUAGAACUGCAAGGUUUUAGCGUAUUAGGUUGAAUAUUGUGGAAGUGGAAGUAUUUUUAAAUCGCUGUAUUUAAGAGAGUUUAUACAGUUGAACUAACUCUUUAAAAUUUAGCAAUUUCGAAGUGCUCUACUUUCUCAAUAUUCAACUUGAUGUGUUGAAACUUUGUAAUUCUACUUAUUUGAACCUGUUCUUCUUAUUUCUGUAAAUAGUUUUCUUGCUGCUUGUCGUUUUAGAGUUGACUGUUAACGCGACGUUAUCGUGGACUGUAGAGUACACCAUUUUGUACACGAAACAUUGGUUCUCGAUCAAAAUUUCUAUUUGGUGGAUUUUUAACUCUAAAUUCCAACGAAAACGUUAUUUUAGACUCAAAAGUUAGUGUACAAGAUGGU